CAGUUUUGGGUGUUUUUAAUUUGAAUUUUACGAAAGCUUCAAGUGCGGUUAAUUAUUAGUCGUGCUGUACGUGCAAAUAGACGACUGCUUGAAGCCGUGGGCUGCGUCCCAAACCGCGUACUUAUCUACUAUAUAGUAGCUGAGAUACAUGUAUUUCUCCGACUAUAUAGCAGGAAAGUACGUGGUUUGGGACGCAGCCGUGCUCUCCUGUUUGCCGUUAAACGGUUGAGCGCUGCCGUGUGUGUACGUGUCCUGUCGCACAAUGUGGUUUCGGACGUUAAUACUGUGAUUAAGGUGUGUACAUGUCUGCAGUACACGUCGAUAAUGCGACUAAAACAGGAAUACUCCACACGUCUUAAUUCCAUUCGUGUUUACUUCGAGUAUGACUUUAAUCGGAUUAAGGUCCUCAAUAAUCUCUGUUUACAUGUUAGUUUCUUAAUCAGAGUAUCGUCUUAAUCGGGUUCAUAUCGGAUUAUCAUCGUCCGUGUAAACAUACUGACUGACACUGGAGACUCCCACCAUGAAUGUAAAUAAACAUCUCUUUACAGAAAACGUAACAAUGUUGUUUAAAUUCAGUUAUUACUAGACUAUUAUUAUUAUUAGAAUAUGUGGGGCAUCUACCAUACAGAUCCCUGUGAAUUAGCUGUAAACUAUAGACAAGAAUUGCCUCCUCUGUCUCUUGUAAACGAUCUUGCUAAAGCAGCACUUCUGUAAAAAUUUUCAUUAUUGGGUGUGAUAUCUGGUGUAAUGCUGGCGCUUUAGUCUGAAUUGAGCUAAUUGUGGAAGGUUUUUUUUUUUCUUCGUCUUCAUUUUCUCAGAAUAAAAUCAAUAUUUUGACACGGAGCGAAAGGCCUAGUUUUAUUUGUGUUCGUCGUGUGUAUGAAAUAUUCAGAUCGUUUGUGUGUCUGUGUCUGUGUGCAUGUGCUCGAGAGCGAAAAUGAUAAGAGUAUAUAUUUCUCUUGAGCUGAUGUAAUCGAAGAGACCAUGUGAUGUGAAGCCUUCCUUCAUGUGACCGAAGAAGAGGAUCGGCAAAAGGAACUCACAAAUACUUUUCUUUGUUUAGACUCCACUCAGUCCAGAAGGUGCUGUUUCUGGCUUUCUAUCUCCUUUCUCUCUCUGUCUAGCGUCUUCUCUCUUAGGUGUCUGAUGCGUGAGGUGAAGGAAUGGGCUUCCAGUGAACUAUCUAACACGGGCGAUAAAUCCAGGCAUUGCAGUCUCCACUGGCUGUUCAUUUUCCUUCUUCCUCAAGGACGGACUCAGAGAAAAGUUCAGGAUGCAGACCAUCCAGACUAUAGAGACACAGUUUCCCUUGUUGCGAGAGAUCUUCCACCCUUCUCCUUUCAGACAUCAAGACAGAGACAGAAGAAAGAGCAGCCUUUCAAGCCUCAACAGAAAACAAAAACAACUACAGAAAGGGUCUGAUUCUGAGCGCCAGUCAUGUGUGGCUUUACCGGGUCAAGGUGAGCAUCCCUGGUUUGGCCGGUCAUCCAGCAUACCGGGAUACGAAUCACCAAAUCGGGCUUAUGGCCGAGUGAGAGAAAGGAAUCGAGAAGGAGAGAGAGAAAAUACAAAAGGGAUAGAUGAAGUGCCACCCCCCUUCAUGUCUUCCAUCGAAGCGUCACAGGUUACAUCAUCGCAACAGCUGCUCCCAACCACAGAGAGAGAGAGUGAGGGAUUACAGUGUGAGGGACAGAGAAAAUGGGAGGGAGAGAAUGAGCAGCAAAGGCAGAAAGAGCAAGCGCUUCACCCAGAGAACAUUCGCUCUCGGCAUGGCCUGAUCGCUAAAGGGGUCCGCUUGCUGAGGAACAUGGGUAACCAGGAAGCCAAGCAAAGGAAGGCAGGUACAUCCAGGGCAGAGCGCCUCACAGAUAGGCAUGGAUUAGAUUACAAAGAUGCAAAGGACUCCAGAAAGACUUUGUCUCAGGACAAAGUCAGGAAAUCAUCUGCUGAUUUGGCUGAGAAGUCCAAGAUCAAGAGCUCCAAGAGUUCUGUCUUUUCCAACAUCCAGAUCUGGAAGGGAUUGUCCCAGAAGGCAGAAUCCAGAAACAAUGUGGGGAUUAUAGGAAAUAAUUGUGGAAGUGGUGGUGGUGAUGGGACCAUUUCAGAGGAGGAUCUGGAAGGCCUUACACCAGACAGUGAUCUAGAAAAGAGUAGGCAGAUUCCAGGAAGUAGACAGUCAUCUGUGGAUAUGGGUGUGGAAGACGGGAUGAGGAAGAGCAGCAGGUCUGGGUCUGACACUGAUUUCUGCAGCUUCCAUUCAGCCUCUGAGGAUCAAGAUAUGUUGGCAGAUAUCCAGAGGACCAUAAGACUGAAGCAGUGGGACAAUGAUGUAGGGGGAGAAAGAUGGACAGAAGAAGGGAAACCAGAGAACAUCCAAGACCUGGAUAUUAGAGUGAAGAGUAAAGAUGAACCUCAGGAAGAUGAGACUGUUGGAGCAUCUUUGUCUUUAGCUGAAGAAGUGGAUGUACUACAUAUGGCUCCUUCUUCCUUUGCUAAUUUUGGUGAUGGAAAAACUGAAACUAUGACCUCAUGCUCUGAAAAUAGACCAAGAAGCCUAAGUGUUCAGAGCCCAGGUGGCACAAAGAUAUUGCCUAACCCUACAGUGGCACCUGUCACAGGAAGUAGCUUCCACAUUCAGAAUACUACGAUGACUAUUAGAAGAACAGAAAGCAGCCAAAGCAUUCAGGCAAAUUUAAGCAAAGGAACCAGUAGCUUGAGCAUCCAGGACACCUCAACGACCAGCAUAUCCUACGAGAGUGCAGAGGAGCAUCUGGAAGAAAGUUCAUCUCUCUCAUCCCUAAUUGAGGAGGAUCCCCAGGCAAAUCGCAGCUUGACUCAGAGUUUGAAUAUCAGCCCUGACUCUAUCGAGCAGCUUACUGACCUCAGAAUUGACUCAGAAACAAUGGUCAGGCAGGUAACUUUCAUGCCACAGAAGAGUGUCAGCACUGUGGAUCUCAUUAUGGCACCUGGUGAGGAACAUGAUGUCUUCAUGGAGGAUACAAGGCCAAGCAGUCCUUCUCAGAAAAGGAGGAAAAGUACUGGCACUUCACUUACCUCGUGGUUGUCAGAGAGCAUUGUGGAUCCAGGCUCACAACCUUGCAGAUCCUUGAGUCCUGGGGUCAAACCGUACCCUACCAUCCAGCCAUCAUAUGUGAAGACCACUACGAGGCAGUUGUCUUCUCCUCCACACUCACCACAUGCUACUCCUGCCCAAAGCCCCAUGGGUCCACGCAAACUUAGCCAAGACCUUAGCUUGAGUCAGGGGUCUCUCAGAGCUGAGUGGUGGAGGACAUGCAGACAGCGCUCCUGUAGCAUUGCCAGCCCAGCAGGUUUUGAUGGUAGCUGGUAUCAGGCUUUAAACAGGUGUCCUGAGCUUUUACAAACAGAGUUCCACACUUUCAGAAAUCAGCACUCAUCUUCCUGUUUUCAGGCAACUGCCAGAACCACAUUUCAAGAAGUAUUCUUAGGUCGUUCUCUGUUUGAAAGGUGCUCUACUACUGAUACUGAUGGUGAAGAAGCUGAGAAGGUAUGUUCACGGUUUCUGGCUUUGGGAAUUCUUCAGCCCUUCAAUGAUUGCCUCAGAAAGCCAAUCAUGGGAAGUGAUGCAAUCAACAAGCCCAGUUUUAAUAAGGAGCAGUUGUACACAUGGGCUCCGCUCGGUCAGCCUGAAGCACGGGCACCAGGACGAUUACAAAUCUUCUGGCCUUCAGCCUGUACUACAGCCCAGAACAAGUCCACUGUUCCCGAUCAGAAUUCUGUAUCAGUCGAUGAGCUGGAGAAAACGAUCAAGGGGUUAAGAGAGAGGAUACGAGAUCUGGAGCAAGACCGCAGACCUCUGAACGACUCUGAGGAGAUAUUGACAGGAACGGUGUCAGGUGGUGUUGGUCACGUGUUUACAAAAAACAAUGAAGGAAUGUCUUCUCACGAGACGAGGUCGGUCCAGACCUCUCCCGUCGAGGAGGACUUCAAGUUUACAGUGCCUUUAUCUGGAGCUUGUGAUUUAACUGACAGCACCACCUCAUUAGUACAGCUACAUAAUUGUCAAAGACUACAAAAGAAGGGUACGACACAAACCCUUCCACCUCCUCCAUCUCCUGUUCUGACUAGUUCAGCUGUAUCCUCAGCUUCUCCUCUGCUAACCCCAACAUUGGGAUCAAUUGAGUCAGUAGUACAACCUCCUCUACCACCUCGUUGCCCCCUGCCAACAUCUGUACAACCUCUGGCAAAGGCCCCACCUCCUCCCCCACUACCGCCACCACCUUCUUCAAUCGUUGGACCCCCACCACCACCUCCUCUUCCAGGUUUUGAACUUCCACCACCACCAUCUCCUUGUCUUCCAGGCUUUGCACCUCCACCUCCUCCACCCCUUCCAGGCUUUGCACCUCCACCUCCUCCACCCCUUCCAGGCUUUGCACCUCCACCUCCUCCACCCCUUCCAGGCUUUGCACCUCCACCUCCUCCACCUCUUCCAGGCUUUGCACCUCCACCUCCUCCACCUCUUCCAGGCUUUGCACCUCCACCUCCUCCACCCCUUCCAGGCUUUGCACCUCCACCUCCUCCACCUCUUCCAGGCUUUGCACCACCACCUCCUCCACCUCUACCAGGUUUUGGACCUCAACCUCCACCACCUCCACCACCUCCUCCUGGGUGUGGACCUGUUCCUCCACCCUCUCUAAGGUUGAUGUCAAUGGGUUCCUCUCAGGACUCUGUCCCCUUGAAGGCAGUCAUAGAGCCUCCACGACCCAUGAAGCCUUUAUACUGGACCAGAAUACAACUGCAUGCCAAAAAAGAGCCAAACACACACCUGGUAUGGGAGAAGGUGGAGGAACCUCAUGUUGACUUUGAAGAGUUCGUUGAGCUUUUUGCCAAAAGUGCAGUAAAAAAGAAGAAGAAACCAAUCGCUGAUACCAUCUCCAAAUCCAAGACUAAACAGGUGAUGAAGGUUUUGAGUAAUAAGCGUUCCCAGGCUGUAGGAAUCCUGAUGUCCAGUCUGCAUUUGGACAUGAAGGACAUUCAGCAUGCCAUCUUGAACAUGGACAACGGCGUGGUGGAUCUGGAGACCCUUCAGGCGCUGUAUGAAAACCGAGCACAGAGAGAGGAACUGGAUCAGAUCGAGAGACACAUCAAGUCCAGCACGGAGAAGGAGAACGCCAAACCGUUAGACAAGCCUGAACAGUUCCUGCUGCAGCUAUCAGAGGUUCCUCAGUUCUCAGAGCGAGUUUUCUGCAUCCUGGUUCAGUCCACGUUCACCGAGAGCAUCAGCUCUGUACAGCGGAAGAUCAGCCUGCUGCAGAGAGUGUGCACGGCUCUGAGGUGGAGUAAAAGUGUGCUGAAGGUUCUCGGUCUGGUUCUCGCAUUCGGGAACUUCAUGAACGGAGGGAACAGGAGUCGGGGACAAGCAGACGGCUUCACCCACGACGUCCUGCCCAAGCUCAAAGACGUUAAGAGCAGUGAUAACUCCCGGAGUCUCCUCUCCUUCAUCGUUGCUUACUAUCUGCGACACUUUGACGAGGAUGCAGGCCAAGACUUGUGUGUGUACCCUUUGCCGGAGCCACAGGACCUGUUCCAGGUGUCGCAGAUGAAGUUUGAUGACUUCCGGCGCGACCUGUGCAAACUACGCAAAGAUCUAAAUGCUUGUACCACCGAGACAGAGAAAGUGUGUGUUACGUCUUCAGAUGAACAUCUACAGCCCUUUAAAGACAAAAUGGAGGAGUUCCUUUCUCACGCUAGGACAGAGCUGGAGGCUCAGGACAAACAGCUCACUGAAACACAGAAAAGCUUCCUGGAGCUGAGUGCAUUUUUCUUAGUUAAGCCUAAAGGAGAGGAAAAGGAGGUGUCCCCAAACACGUUCUUCUCUGUGUGGUACGAGUUCUCCUCCGACUUUAAAGACCUGUGGAAAAGAGAGAGCAAACUCCUGCUGAAGGAACGGUUAAAAGCGGCUGAAGAGACGAUCAGACAGACACACGAGAAAGCGACCUACAGCGUCAAACCCAAACACGCGUCCGGGAUGAAAGCCAAACUGGAGCAGAAGAUCUGAAGCUUUGCGGUGCUGUUAGACAUUUUCUGUCCUUUUACACUCCUGAUUAAACGCAUGCUGAGUUCGAUCAUUAGCCGUCGAGCUGAAUCAGCAGUUUUCGACCGAACUGAAAUGAGAAACACUGACCUGUGAAGCGAAGGACAAUCAAAGUGUAGCCAUUGUAUAUCAACUGCAGUAGCAAUAAAGUAUAUUUAAUCAACUUUUUCUCAAAGUUAGAAAUCUGCGAAAGCUGUUAAUGUCUUUUAUUUUUUCUUUCUUCUUUUUUUGCAACCAUUUAUUAUUUCUGCUGAAACUGUACACUGGAACUUUGCUAUUUAUGAUGGAAAGACAAUAAAAAUAUCUGGCGUGUUGUUCACACGUCCAUAGA